AUGUCUUCUUCGUGCAAGUCCAUUCUGAGCGUAUGCCUCCUCGCCACUUUGGCAACAGGGGCCGCAGUUUCUUCGCGAGCCCCAAAACUAGACCUUCCAGAGAUAACACCUAGUCUUUUGGCCUCGCAUAAUGUCCACGAAUCAAUCGCUGCAUUCAACUGGACGGCUGACCCCGAUUUUUUGAAGUAUCUCGAGGAAGAGAAAGCUCUGAUGGAAGUCAAAUACAUCAAAGAUCCGGCUACCAAUAAAACAAUCCCCAACCCUGAAUUCCAUGACCUUUACAAAGGUCUCCAGAAGCGAGUGCCAUUUAAUCCACCCAACGGGGCAGAUUGCCGUAUCAACAUCCAUCGAGACUACUACUACGCCACCGACGGUGUUUGUCCUGGUAAACACUGCGAGGAAGCCAGCUAUAAUCUGAAUUGGGUCGAUAUCACCAAUAACCGUGGCUCUGGCACAUGGGCCCGUUUCGAUGAGGUCAACAACGGACGCUGGACCUACUAUCCUCUCGACAACCACCGAGGCUUCAACAUCGCGGCCGCAUGGGAUCCGAUUUACUCUCAUUGGGGAUUCAGCUACGCCAUCUUGAAUGUGGAGGGAAGGAAUAACAGGGAUAUGAAGGGCAGCGAUUACUGUUGGUAUAAUACCGGAAACUCGUGGUGGGGAGGCUGGGGAACUGGUGCUUGCUCAACUUGGUGCAGCGAUUUCAACUGGUAG